GUCGCCCUUCUCGACCCUCUCAGGCUGUCCCAGUUCAACCAUCAUGCAGCAUGCCGUUCCUUCUUCCCGGGUGCCGCCCGUUGUACAUCUAGCGGAUGCACACCCCCAACCGCGGCUUUUGGUGCCCUGGCAGAAGCACAGGCGGGGACGCGCCCUCUGGUUCAUAGAGUUUGUCGCCGAAGCAAUGUCGACGUUCAUGUAUACGUACGCGGGCACAGGAUCUACCGCAACCUUCAUCCUGGGAAAUAUCCUGGGAUUGUCUAACAUUGGUAGUCUGCUCCAAAUCGGUUUGGCAUAUUCCUUGGGUAUCAUGCUAGCGAUGGCCAUCUGCCUGCCGACAUCCAAUGGUCACGCGAAUCCUGCAUUCACGAUCUGGGGCAUGCUCAUCGGCCACGUAACGCCUGUGAGAGGUCUGCGACUCAUUGUCGCGCAGAUAGUAGGAGCAUACGUCGCGUGCCUACUCAUCUACACUCAAUAUCACGACCUGAUCAAGGAAGCGACCGAAGUCUUACAAGCGAAGGAUUUGUACGACUCUGUCAUGUUCACUUCGCAAGGUCCUGCGGGAAUAUUCGGGCUGUACGCCUCGCCCACGGCCAACCUGGGCUACGUCUUCUUGAACGAGUUCGUUUGCGACUUCGUGCUCGCCAUUGUCAUCUUCGGAUGUUUGGACCCUACGAACGCGUUCGCCCCUCCGGUGGCCGUUCCGUGGAUCGUCGGUUUCACCUACGGAAUUAUCGUCUGGGGCUUCGUGCCUGCAAGCGUCGCCACCAACGCCGCUCGCGAUCUCGGAGGGCGUCUAGCAGUCCUCUCGCUCUGGGGUCUGCCGGCAUCGGGCGGGCGCUAUGCUGCGAUCGCCGCCCUCACGAACAUCCCCGCUACCAUCUUUGGUGGCAUUGUCUAUCAUUUCAUAUUCACUGACCCCGACCGCACCAUCACGCCUGCUUCUCUGCAGCUCGCAGCCGCCACGAAGGCGUACGAGGAACGCGGCAAGACGGAUAGCUCCUCUUCAUCCGUGAAGGGCGACGUCGAGUACUGCGAGCGCGUUCUUACGAAGUGAUUUGCUGGUACCGGUUCCCUCGCAGGCGGCUCGGCUUGACAUUCCCGACGACUCUGUGUUUACGACAUAUACGACAUUUUGUACAUUAGUGCCCCAAACGAUGGGCUUCCAUGACUGCCUUGUUUUAGUGAGUUUUUCGAGUCGCUAGUUUUGUCUUAUACUAGCAACUCAUUUUCAAUGGCAAAUGUGCUUCAAGUUA